AUGGUGGAAGAUAAGAGAAAUGCAAGUAGCUCAUCACUUGUGGAUACCCCAACCAACGAAACAGAGGUCCAGCCCCCCAUUAACAGAAGACCUACUUUUCUUGAUAGACUUAUGAGAAGACAAACGUCGCCAGCAUCUAUGGAAUAUUCCGAAUCUGAUAAGAAAAAUGAUGUUCCUAUGGAGAAUGAGCAAAGCAUAGGAGUAAGGGAGAGCUCAUUACCUCCAUUAUCACAAUUGAGCUUAAAUGGUUACAAGUCAUCUACAAAACGCAGAUUAUUGGAUGAUGAAUUAGCUGGUUACAUCAGAAAUUUACUUCCAGCAAGACUUCAAUUAUUUGACGAGUGGGAGUUGGUUUAUUCACUAGAACAGCAUGGGGUGUCACUCAAUACUCUAUAUCAAAGAAGUAACCCUGAUUACCAAUUGCUGCAGCAUCGCAAAAAUAAACCUGAAGUUGGAUAUGGUGAUGCUGUUAUCAGCUCAAUGAUGUCAGGUAACGUCAAUUCUAUGCGUGAAAGAAGAAGACCCCAAGGUUACGUUUUAAUCAUAAAGGACGAAAACAAUUCGAAAUUCGGUUGCUUUGUGAAUGAACAUUUAAGACCAAUGGAUCAGAAACGAUAUUACGGCAAUGGAGAAUGUUUCUUGUGGAAGUCUGAACUUUUCACACCGUCACCAUCCAAUUCGAACAGCGAAGAAGAUAUAUCAUCUCAUUUGGCUACAUCGCAAACCAGAUUUAAGGCAUUCAUGUAUACUGGUAUCAAUGACAAUAUAAUAUAUUCUAACCAUGAUUUCAUAGCAAUAGGAUCUUCUAAAGGUCAAAAUGGAUUGUGGAUAGAUAGGUCACUAUAUAACGGUGUUAGCUAUUCAUGCGAUACUUUUGGAAAUGAAAUAUUAAAUAGCAAUAAUGGUAAUGCAAAAAUGGGAAAAUUUAAAAUAAUGGGUCUAGAAUUAUGGAGGGUUGGUACUCUUGAAUAA